GCUUUAUCCCGUUUUCGUUGAAGAGUUUGGCGAAGGAGCGGAGGGUGCCGGCGGGUGGGGUGAGGUUAGGGAAAGCCGAACUGGGCCCCUACGCCUGGGAAGAAAAGAUGCCCAAAUGGCUCCGCCGCCAACUCGAACAAGGCCCCAAAAUCUCCAUGGUCAACCGUAUCGGCCGUGAUGGUCGCCUCAUUCGUCAAGAAGAAGUCCAAAACGAAACUCCGGGCCUCAUUCCUAUUCUUGCUCAGCUAUCCGCCGUCGACAGGACCGUGCAAGCCGCAUACUACUGCCACCCUACCAUUCUACACAUCGGUAAGACGCCCAAUGAGGGUGGUUUCUGCGGGUACCGCAGUAUUCAGAUAUUGGUCUCGUAUAUCCAGGGUGCACGUGCUCAGGGCCAUGACGAGUUCACCGGGCGCACGCCUGGUAUCCUCAAGUUGCAAGAUAUGAUCGAGCUGGCGUGGGACAGGGGUAUCAAUGAUAUUGGUAGAGCGCAGACGGGUGGCAUUAAGGAUACUAGAAAGUAUAUUGGCACUCCAGAGGCACAAGCCCUCUUCCUUAGCUCUCAAAUCGACUGCGCUGUCGACGUCUUCAGUGACUCCCCCGAUGGUCGUCUCAUGGCCCAUGAACAACUGUUCAACGCUGUGGAGAAGUAUUUCCAGAAAGCCGCUAUCCCGGACGACCGCUCCAAUGUUUUCAAGACGCUGCUGCCGCCUAUCUAUCUGCAGCAGCCGGGCCACUCACUCACGAUCGUGGGCUUCGAGAGACGCAAAGACGGAUCGUGUAAUCUCAUCAUCUUCGAUCCGAUGUUCCAUACCAGCCCGAGUAUGCAUAGAUUAAAGGGCAGGAGGAAUAUCAGGACGCCUAGGCCAGAGGUGUUGCACGCGUAUCGCAGAGGCGCGAGACAGUUGAAGAUGUAUGCUGGAUUUGAGAUUUUGAUGUUGACCGCGCAUCCACCGUUGUUCCCGGCUUGGGAUGUAUGAGAGAUUCACUCCCAAAGCCUGUCAGCCUUUGCACUUCCAGCGAUCUUAGACUAUAUGAUACCCAGAUCAUACCAUUUAUCAACGCAUACAUGCGCUCGAUAACAAUCAAAACUUCUUU